AUGGAGAGGUGGAAACGAGAGUUUGUGAAGCCUGUGGGCAGCAGUGGGUCACUACAUACCUUUCUUCUGUUCUUUUGUCUCCUCAGUCAGCGGUACUGUAUGUGUAACCCUGAUGUGGUGCAGCAGUUUCACAACCCAGACACCAUCUUCAUCCUGGCCUUCGCUGUGGUCCUCCUCAACACCGACAUGUAUUCCCCCAACAUCAAGCCGCACCGCAAAAUGGGGCUCGACGACUUCAUACGCAACCUGAGAGGUGUGGAUGACGGAGCAGACAUCCCCAGAGAGAUGGUUGCAGGCAUUUAUGAAAGGAUUCAGCAGAGAGAGCUGCGCUCCAACGAAGACCAUGUCACAUACGUGAGUCGUGUGGAGCAGUCCAUCCUGGGCCUGAAGACAGUCCUCGCUGUGCCCCACAGACGGCUGGUGUGCUGCUGCCGUCUGUUUGAGGUUCCCGAUGCCAACAAACCUCACAAACAGAAGCUCUCUGCACUCCAAAGGGAGGUGUUCCUCUUUAAUGACCUGCUGCUGAUCCUGAAGCUGUGUCCCAAGAAGAAAAGCUCAGCUUCAUACACUUUCUGUAAAGCUAUGGGUCUUCUGGGAAUGCAGUUUCACCUCUUCAGCAAUGAGUAUUACGCUCACGGCAUUACCAUGAUGAGCCCCUUUACCUCAGAGAAGAAGCAGCUGGUUAGCUUCUGCUCUCCCAGCGGAGAGGAGCUCAGGAAGUUUGCGGAGGAGCUCAGAGAGGCGAUCGCAGAGGUCAACGAGAUGGAGCAGAUUCACAUUCAGUGGGAGCUGGAGAGGCAGCAGGGGAUCCAGUCGCAUGGUUUACACACCAAUGGCGGGCAAAUGGACACACACACGGGACAUGGCUCUCCCUCAGGCCAACAGGAUGUGUAUGAUAAAACUGGCAACAACAACACAGUAGAGGUGUCAAUUCACAACAGGCUGCAGACCUAUCAGCUGAGCCAGCCCAGCAUUGAGUCCGCACCCUUGGCCCUGGCUGCACCCCCCACCCUGCUCAGCCCCGUCCAGGCCGGAGAGCUCCGCCCAGAGACCCUCAUCCAGUGCCAGCAGAUUGUCAAGGUGAUCGUUGUGGACCAGAGCGGACGGGGACGGAUGGAGGCGUUUCUCAGCCAAGGCCCAGCGACCCAUCAGCUCAUCCAGUCUGCCAUGUCUACUCCCGUCCGAGUCAGAGAGGGAGACGGACCCCAGCCGCCCCUGCCGCCUCCUCCUCCUCCUUACAACCACCCCCACCAGUUCUGUCCACCUGACUCGCCCAUGCCCUUCCACCACACCAUGCCCCUCACCCGCCGGCGCAACUCCAGCGGCUCCCGCAGCAUUGUAUGAAAAAAAAAAAAAAAAGGAAAUAAGUUGAUCCUCACACUUGCACAAAGUCGGUGUAGCACAAGUCAACGCAAAAAAACGUUGAGGAAAUACUAUAUAUGUGGAAGGAAAAAGAAAAUCAAGAAUCUACUCAUAGAACUUGACAAAACUGUGUGAUUUGUUUUGAAUGUGAGCUUUAAUAGUGGUUCUGAUAGACAUAUUUUGCUUCUUUUGUCUCCAAAUUGUCACCCAGUAUUAACUGAUGUAGCCUGUCUACAUUUCCCAGUUUUUAAGAAAUAUGCUUUGUUUGCAUUUUUAAAUGUCAGCCAUCAGGCAAACGUCGCAGCAAGCUCGGACCGAGAAACCGAGCGAAAGAAAAUCUGUCCCAAGAGGACGAGAAUGAAGGACUGUUUUCUGUUCUGGAUAUUAAUAUUGCUCUUCAUUGGUGUGGAUCUUUACUGGAGUGAAUGUGAGGAAAUCUUUCAGUAACGAUCCCUAAUGUGAAAAAAAUACAAGUUAAUAGGGCCUUGAAAAAGUACUAAUAUCACUUGAAUUUCUUCACAUUGAGCUUGGCUACACAAAUUUUAAUCUAUUUUCUUGGGAUUUUACAAAGUGAUGCAUAAUUAUAAAGCAGAAGGAAAUGUGAUGUCUUCUGCAUUUCCAUGUAGCGUUCUGGGUAAUCAUGUAGCCGUACCUCAUUUUGAUGCGAUCCAAGCUGUAGGAUCUUUGAACAGCGUUGCACAUUCAAUAAGUGAAUUUUUGACCAAAUUGACUUUAUAAAAUAGUCCAAGCUUAUUUGAAUCACAUGUAUGCUUUAAAGUUUUGCUGCAGAUUCCCAAUUGGAUAUAGGUUUGAACUUUAACUAGACCACUCUCAAACACAAAUAGUUCUGGCUGUGUGCCAGGGUCAAUUCUUAUUGGCAAAUGAACCUCUUCAUAAACUCUUAUUGUGUCCAUUCUCUAAUAGAUUUUUGUCCCUGUAUUUCGAUACGUCCAUUCUUAUAAACUGACCAGCUUCUCUGUUCCUGAUUUUAAAAAAAAUGAUGCAUCCUCAAAGUGCAAUGAUCCCAAUACUACGUUUCAUUUUGAAGACAGUGAGAUGCUUUGUUAGUAUUUCACAUAUAAUUUUAAAUUUGGGCCAAAAAGUUUAAACUUGGUCUUAUCUGACCAGAGCAUCUUUCUGCACAUAUUUGCUGUCCCCGCUGCUCUUUACGUUGUUGCAUUCAUACUGAGGUGGAAUCACCAACUCCUACAUAUAAACAUAAAAUAUAAAAUGAAAACCAACAUUUUACUGUUACUGCUCUAUUAUGCAGUAACCUGUGUUUGUCUGCAAUGUAAAAUCCCAAUAAAAUACAUUGAAGCUUGUGGUUGUAAUAUAAAAAGAAUGUGGAAAAACGUCAGGCAUGAAUACUUUUGCAAGGUAAGGUAUUUGGUGGUCUAUUCUUGAUGUUCUUGGAAACAGAACAUAUCUAUGAAAAAAGCAGGAAUGUGGCGGGGGGAUACGUCAGCUGAAGCGUAGUGUCAGAAGCAAAGUCGCCCCCCCUCACCCCCCCCCCCCAAAAAAAAAAACAAAAACAACCCAAAAAACCUAAAAGAAUUUCUCAAUGACAAUCAUCUUUUUGUGCUUCGUUGUGUGUUUUUGCUCAAACCGUCUCAUUUCUCGCUGCUCUUAUUCAGUGGAUUGUUGCUCUGACGGGAAAGACUGCUGCACUGCAACAUGUGAUACUGCGUCUGCACCUCACAGAGAGCAAAGUGUGUGUGCACCAUGUGUAUCCAGGCUGCUUACUCAUGGGCCACUGGGAUUCGGGCCGAUAAUUCAUUCAAAACAAGGCUAAAACAGGCGCUCACAAAGCCUUUCUUCUUCUCAUGUACAUUUACUCCUGUGAAUACCAAGUGUGAAUACCCAUGUUACUUUUGGAUUUAGAGUAUAUC